AUGACGACAUUUCCUGGCCCCUUGAACAAGACAUUCUGGCAGUUUGAGAAGUUUCCAUCGCUUAGCCAAAAAGCCGGGACCAAAGUUCAGGGUCGCCGCCGCGUCGGCCGCCGUGCUGGCGGCUGCGCUGGCCCUGAGGCUCGCCGGCCCCUCCGUCGCCGAGCUCGCCAGCGUCCAGAUCCUCUCCUGUGGCUCUCGCUCCUCUCGUGGCUCGAGCCUCCCUACAUCUACCUCGUCAUCAACGGCAUCAUCGUCACCAUCGCCGCUUCCUCCAGGCUCCACGGCAACCUCCAUGAGGCGGAGGAGGCGCGGGUGGUCUCCGCGGCGGCGGAGUCGUCCGGCGACGGCGUUCUCUUUUUGCCUCCCGGUGGAAUGGCCUGCCUCUCGCCGGUGGAGGACGUCGCUCACGGGGAGAGCGGGCCGGCCGGGGUUCCCGAGGCGGAGAUUGCGGAGCGCUCGGUGGAUGAAGGCGGAGAUGGACGUGGAGACCGCGCGGAGGCGGAGGAAGAGGAGGAGUUUAUGAUUUCGAGGUCCGCCUGGACGCCGGCGGCGAAGGGGAGUAACGCGGCGGAGCGCCUCCCCACGCCGGAGAAACCGCUGGUUUCUUCGAGGUUCGUUCACCGGAGACCGUCCAAAGCCAGCCCCGAAGCUCUGGGAGUGAUCAGGCCGAAACGGCAAGAGACGCUGGAGAACACGUGGAAGGCGAUCACCGACGGCCGGCCGGUGCCGCUGGCGGCGAGGCGCCGCCUGAGGAAGUCCGACACGUGGGGGGAGAACAAGCAGCGGGAGCCGCUGGAUCAGGCCCCGGCGCCGGCGAUGAGGAAGUCGGAGACGUUCAGGGACCGGACGAAUGAGCUGGCCUCGCCGUCGCAGGGGAAGGCGUCGCCGGCGAAGGGGUCGCCGAGCCAGGACGAGCUGAACCGGCGGGUGGAGGCGUUCAUACAGAAGUUCAAUCAGGAGAUGAGGCUGCAGAGGCAGGAGUCUUUCGAGCAGUACAACGCCAUGAUGAAUCGCGGCUUGUAGACUGUGCAGAGCUCGAUUUCAAAAAGGGCAUUAAUUGUUUUUAAUAUAUUUUUGCUCUUUUAUUUUAUUUUAUUUUAUUUAUUUUGUUUAAUUGUUUUGUGACGGUUUGAGAUUGAGAAAGAGUUUUGUGAA